ACCGGUAUCAACGAAAAAGUAGAAAUGGACGAUGAACAGUUUUUUUUCACCGUCUUAUCUGUCCUGUUCGCGAUCAUUAAUAAAAGAUACGAAGGUGGGUACGCGUAUCACUUGAUAAAGAUUUUCUUAUCCGUUGUCACGGUUGACAGUAUUUUCAGUAUCGGUUUCCCUUUGCCGACAGAUAGCAGAUACUCGAGUAUUCUGCUCAUAUUAAAAAUACUAGCAUCGAACACUACCGCGUUCUAAGAGAGAAGAAAAAAAAUCGUGCAUGCCACAUGAACAAUUACCUAGACGCUAGCGAAGAACUGCUAUAAGAGGAUCAAAUAUAACGAUUGAAUCGAUUUUAGGACAUUGUGUCACGGAGAAUAUUUUUAUUUGGCAAUAGUUUAAAGAGAUACAAUGAAUGUACGAUAAACAGUGUUUUUAUUAUCAGAGUGGAAGUGUAAAAAUAAAAAGAGAAAGCACAACCAAUCAAGUGGCACGUUUCCUUUUGUUGCUGAAACCACACGCGUCGCUUUGAACAUCGUCAACUCAACGAAAUGGGUACAACAUCCUCGGCACUUAGCGACCACAGAGUCGUGAAGAUUAAUUCUAAUACACAGGAAAGGCACUUCAUUAGCAAUCAAGUCAAAUCUUAUAAGUAUACGAUAUGGAACUUUAUUCCAAAGAAUUUAUUCGAGCAAUUUCGGCGAGUGGCAAACUUUUAUUUCCUGAUCACUCUGUUAAUCGCGCUUUCGAUAGAAUCGCCGAUUUCACCGCUAACCAGUGCCUUACCUUUGGCAUUUGUCACACUAGUGACAGCGUGUAAACAGGGAUAUGAAGAUUAUCUACGCUACAAGACGGAUAAACGAGAUAAUCAGAGAUUAGUUAAUGUCAUCCGUAACAAAUGUACGCAGCUCGACGGGUAUCCAAUUCAUUAUGGUAAAACUACUCGAUCCUGGCUGAACAAAAAUUAUCUACAACAAUGGAUUGGACGUAAAGAAGCAAUACCUUUGUCAUCAUCUGAUCUAACACCAUUGGAUUUUUUGGGGGAAAUAUAUUGCGAGCAAAUAGUGGUAGGUGAUCUUGUGAAAGUCUCUCGGGACGAGGAUGUACCUUGUGACAUCGUCCUCCUUUACAGCGAGACUCCAGGAUGUUGUUACGUCACGACGUCCAAUCUCGAUGGUGAAACAAAUUUGAAGAUGCUACACGUUCCGAAAGUGGUUUCAACGAUACCGCUUCCGCAUAUAGCGGCGAUGCAAGCGACGAUUACGUGCCAAGAACCUAUGGCGAAUCUUUAUACCUUUCACGGCAAACUCGAGAUUAACGACGGCAGCGAAACGACUAGUGGGCAUUUAACAAUAGAGAAUCUUGUGCUACGCGGGUCUAGAUUGAAGGACACCGAGUACGUAGUCGGAUGCGCGGUUUACACCGGGCAGGACACAAAAUUGUCGCUCAAUUCAAAGAUAGUCAGUAAUAAAUUCUCCACUGCCGAGAAAUCUAUCAAUAAGUAUCUUAUGGUAUAUCUCGUGAUACUGUUGAUUGAAGUGUUGAUAUGUACCAUGCUGAAGCUAUACAUAGAAUCCUACCAAGAAUGGGAGAGUUAUUUAGGUCCACAGCCUACAAUAAAUUUUAUGUCGUUACUUGAGGAUAUUCUGAGCUUUCUUAUGUUAUUUAAUUACAUUGUGCCGAUAUCACUGUACGUCACUGCAGAAGUGCAAAAGUUUCUCGGUUCCUUUUUCUUCGGCUGGGACUUGGAUAUGUACGACAAGAACAACGAUCAGCCGGCGAUCGCCAAUUCAUCAGACUUAAACGAGGAACUUGGCCAGGUCGAGUAUCUGUUUACCGACAAGACUGGCACGCUCACUGAAAAUUUGAUGAUAUUCAGACGCUGUUCAAUUGACGGCAAUGUUUAUAUGGAGAAAGAUUGCGACGGAAAUCUUUACUUGUUGCCACCAAAUGGAAACGAAGAAGAAGCCACCAAACUGUCGUCAUGGGAGGGUAACGUUUGGCAUUUUAUGAUAAGCAUAGCAGUAUGCCACGUGGUCCAGAUUGCGCCGCCGAGCUUGAGACCUGAAAUCGUCGCCAGACGCACUCAAUUUCGCGAGAGCUUCAGAUUAAAAAAAGUCACGAGGGUCAACAGUUCGUUGAUGAUGCAUCCAGAUCUACCGGAGUAUCAGGCGGCGUCGGCAGAUGAAAAGGCAUUAGUGGAAGCGAGUGCCAGGUGUGGAAUCAUUUUAGAAAAGAAUACUAACGAGGAAAUGCAUGUCAAAAUCAACAAGAACAAUCUCGUUUUCCAGAAGCUGGAGAUACUGGAGUUCAGUUCCGAACGCAAGAGGAUGUCAGUAAUAGUCAAAGACUCGUCGGGAGAUAUCUGGCUGUACUGCAAAGGUGCGGACUCGGCUGUCAUGCCAUUGAUAAUUGAAGGAACCGUACAAGAGGCCGCCAUCCACGUCACCGAUUUUUCUAUGAGAGGUUUGCGAACACUAGUGGUGGGAUUCAAAAAAAUGAGCCAAUCCGAGUACGAGAGCCUGAUACAGAACAUCGAACAGGCCAGACAGAUAAUCGGUCCGGAGAGAGAGACGCAGAUAACGCGCGCGUACAAUCUUAUGGAAAGCGGGCUCACCUUGCUCGGAGUAACUGCGGUAGAGGAUCGCUUGCAGGACAAGGUGCAAGAGACCUUGGAAUGCUUACGAGUCGCUGGAAUCAAGAUAUGGGUGCUUACCGGAGAUAAGGCAGAAACUGCAGAGAACAUCGCUUUUCUGUGCGGCCACUUCAAGAAAGGUACCGAGGUUCUAAGACUGAUGAAUGAGAGCUCGGGGCAAACUUGCUUCUUGAUUCUCACAACUUUCGAUCGGAAAGUAAAAUUAGAACCGUACAAGCAAUACGGAUUGAUAAUAGACGGUGUCAGCAUAGCGGCAACGUUACGAAAUUGUCCAGAAUUAUUUAAAUCCGUCGGAAUGGCCUGCGAGGCAGUUGUAUGUUGCAGACUGACGCCUCUGCAAAAGAGCGAGAUUGUGCAUCUGAUAAAAACAGCACGAAAACGUCCUCACACCGCGGCCAUCGGCGACGGCGGUAAUGAUGUCUCGAUGAUACAGGAAGCGAACGUGGGUAUCGGAAUAUUGGGGAAGGAGGGUCGCCAGGCGUCUAUAUCCGCCGACUUCGCCUUCACGAAGUUCAAAUAUCUGAGAAAAGCGUUGUUGGUGCACGGGCAUUGGUAUUACUUACGCAUCAGUAUCCUGAUGCAGUUCUUCUUUUACAAGAACGUGGUGUUCAUAACGCCGCAGGUGUUGUUCGGCAUACACAAUGGUUUCUCUACGCAGGAACUUUAUGACGGUAUGUUUCUAAUGGCAUACAACUUAAUAUUUACGUCCGUUCCGAUAGUAAUGUAUGGACUACUGGAACAAAAUUACGAUGCAAAGAAACUUAUGGAGCGUCCCUACCUGUAUAAAUUGAAUAGGAACAAUUAUUUGAUGUCAAGGAAACAAUUCGUAGCGUGGAUGUUUCUAGGAUUGUGGCAUACAAGCGUAACGUAUUUUACAGUAUUUGCUGUGACGUAUAUCAAUCCUACGUAUCUAUACGAUAACACGUCCGUUGAUCAAUGGACUUACAGUACAUGCAUUUGUCACAUAGUUACUUUACUGGCAAAUCUGCAGAUAUUGUUACGCAGUUUAUAUUGGACAAUCCCGCUCGUUUUAAGCGUAGUGAUAUCUGAAUUAGUAUUUUUCGGAAGCACUUUUGUCUAUUCAGUGAUAUAUACAAAAUAUGAUGGCGAUAUGUACGGAGUCUUUCAAAAAUUAUUACAAUCGCCCUCGUUUUGGCUAAUUACUGUAUUCAUCAUCAUUACUUGCUUAAUACCUGAUUAUUUAUGGAUGACGUAUAAUGUUACGUACAAGCCACUGAAGAUUCUUCGUAGAAACGAAGAACCUCCUGUAAUAGUUGUAACCUGCAGCGAUGAUAACAACGAACGCAAUUCGCAAAUAAGAAAUCGCGUAUUUCCAUGGAGAGGUAGCCUUUCGUUACAGAAGACUAAAUAAUAAUACACUGGAAAGGCAGUCACUUUAAUGCUUCAGUAUUAUCCAGAUAAAUGAAAAAAUGAUUAUCUGGAACAGUACUUCAUUUAUGAUUUAUUUCAUAGAUACAAUUUAAGUUGCUGAUACAACUAUAUCACAUAUUAAAUGAGCGUCAGUGUUACUUGAUAUACUAAGAUCAGUCAAGAUUCCAUUACUAAUUAAUUAACAUUGUUAAUAGAAGCAUGUUUUAACAAUUUCACAAACUUUAAAUAAGUCUUAAAGAUUUUAUACAUCUAUUUUU